AUGGGCAGCGCCAGAACAUACUACGCGCCCACGGGUGGCUUGCCCCCUCAGACGCAAAUCCUUACCGACCGCGCAAUGUUCACCGAAGCCUAUGCGGUCAUCCCUAAGGGCACCUUUAGCGACAUCGUGACCAGCUUUCUUCCAUUCUGGGACAAGACCCGUCUGUGGGUGAUUGCGCGCCCUCUCUCCGGCUUUGCAGAGACCUUCUCGCAAUAUAUAAUGGAAGUGCAGGCAGGCGGUGGCAGUGAACGCGCGGAGCUAGACGAGGGCGCCGAGGGCGUCAUCUUCGUCGUGGAGGGCCAAGUCACCAUCACACUUGACGGGAAACCACACCAACUCACCGAAGGUGGCUAUGCAUACCUACCUGCCAAGAGCGGCUGGAGCUUGUGCAACAAGGGCUCGUCAACUGCACGAUUCCACUGGGUCCGCAAGGCAUACGAAUACGUCGAGGGUCUCGACAAGCCUGAUCCGCUCUUCCUGAAUGAGAAGGAUAUCAUGCCCACUGAGAUGCCGGGCACCAAUGGUGCGUGGGCCACGACGCGCUUCGUGGACCCAUCUGACAUGCGGCAUGAUAUGCAUUGCACCAUUGUGACGUUCGAGCCCGGUGGUGUUAUUCCUUUCGCGGAGACCCAUGUGAUGGAGCAUGGACUUUAUGUUCUGGAGGGCAAGGCCGUCUACCGCUUGAACCAGGACUGGGUGGAGGUUGAGGCUGGUGACUUCAUGUGGUUGCGUGCGUUCUGUCCCCAGGCUUGUUAUGCGGGUGGGCCGGGGAAGUUCCGUUACUUGUUGUAUAAGGAUGUGAAUCGCCAUAUGAAGCUGUCACAUCACUCUCGCCCUUAG